AUCCUAUUAGUCUCUCCAAAUCCCUAUAGAAAUUGUCUUACAAUUGUCUUAAUAAAUAAACUUUAAACUUUGUCUUUAAGGUCAAAUUAUUUCUAGUGACUUGGCACCUCAAGCACUAAACUUGAACAUGCAUAGCAUAUGCCAGUUUCUAAGGAAAUACUCAUCCUCUUUAAUUAGUCUAUUUCUUAUUUAGCUAGUUUUCACCUUUACGACAAAGAUAGCUUGCAUUUUUUGCUAUACAUAAAAACAAAGCAACAUAUAUUAUAUAUAGCCUCUAACCACAAACUACUAACAACCAAUUACACAAAACUUUGUUACAUCAACCAUCAUGAGUAUUAGUGUUACUAAUACCAUUAUUCUUUUCUUUAUAACCCAACUCCUUGUAAGAGCAGAAUCAAUUACCAGAGGAGAUUUUCCAGAGGGCUUUAUCUUUGGAACUGCUUCUUCAGCUCACCAGUUUGAGGGAGCUGCUGAUGAAGGAAAUAAAGGAGAUAGCAUAUGGGACACUUUCUCAAGAAUACCAGGAAGAAUUUUGGACUUCAGUAAUGCAAAUAUGGCAGUGGAUCAGUAUCACCGAUUUCAGAAUGACAUAAACUUGAUGAAAGAUUUGGGAAUGGAUUCUUAUAGAUUUUCCAUAUCAUGGCCAAGAAUUUUCCCAAAUGGAACAGGGGAACCAAAUACAGAGGGAAUAAAAUAUUACAACACCCUCAUUGAUGCUUUAUUAGAAAAAGGAAUCCAGCCUUUUGUAACUCUAUAUCAUUGGGAUCUUCCACAGAUGCUGGAAGAUAAAUAUGAAGGAUGGUUAAGUACACAAAUAAUAAAAGAUUUUGAGCAUUAUGCCUAUACAUGCUUCAAAGCUUUUGGAGACAGAGUUAAGCACUGGAUUACCUUCAAUGAACCUCACAACUUUGCCCUCCAUGGUUAUGAUUUAGGCAUUCAAGCACCAGGAAGAUGUUCCCUUCUUGGUCAUCUUGUAUGUAAGAAGGGAAAAUCGUCCACUGAACCUUACAUUGUUGCUCAUAACAUUCUCUUAUCCCAUGCUGCUGCCUAUAGAAGUUACCAACUACAUUUCAAGGAAAAACAAGGAGGUAAAAUAGGGAUAGCACUAGAUGCUGUUUGGUAUGAACCUAUAACUGAACUUGAUGAAGACAAAGAAGCAGCAGCUAGAGCUAUGGACUUUUCCCUUGGAUGGUUCCUUGAUCCUCUUAUCUUUGGAAAAUAUCCUUUCUCAAUGCAAAAACUUGUAUCUGAAAGAUUGCCAGAGAUCACUGAUGCAACCUCAAACUUGCUUGUGGGAUCAUUGGAUUUUAUUGGCAUAAACCACUACACUUCAUUGUAUGCUCGAAACGACAGGACUCGGAUUCAUAAACUGAUUAUGCAAGAUGCUAUAUCUGAUGCUGCUGUUAUUACAACAGCAUACAGAAGAGGAGCUGCAAUUGGAAAUAAGGCUGCUUCAAGUUGGCUACACAUUGUCCCAUGGGGAAUCAGAAAAUUAAUGAAACAUGUCAAAAGUAAAUAUGGAAACACACCAGUGAUCAUAACUGAGAAUGGAAUGGAUGAUCCAAGUAGACCCUUAAUGACCUUACAAAAGGCAUUAAAUGAUGACAAAAGGAUAAGAUAUCAUAGGGACUAUCUCUCAAAUCUAUCAGCUGCUAUAAGGGAAGAUGGUUGCGAUGUGAGGGGUUACUUUGUGUGGUCAUUACUUGAUAAUUGGGAGUGGAACAUGGGAUAUACAGUACGCUUUGGGCUCUAUUAUGUGGAUUUCAAAAACAAUCUUACUAGGAUACCAAAAUCUUCUGUACAAUGGUUCAAAAAUAUGCUCAGAUUGGAAACUGGAAAAAUAUGCUCAUACAUAGAAAAUAGCAAGUGUAUAUAGCACUCAUAUUCCUAAGAAAUGUGUCAAGAUGAAUGUUUAGUAAUAUUUUAAUGGUAAUGAAAAUUCAAUUAAAAUAUAAAAAUAUAUUCAUUUUUGAAUUUUGAGAAA